UUUCGCCUUUGCUCAGAUUGUUGCUUGUCCUCGUCACCGCCGUUGACGGAGGAGAAAUCGUUUAAGGAGGUCACCCGGCAGGUCCACGUAAACUUCAGAAUGCUGAACUUCGAAGACGUUGAGGACCGGGAUGGCGUCCGUUUGUCUUGGAACGUAUGGCCGUCUUCAAGGAUCGAAGCCACGAGAACAGUUGUGCCGAUAUCAGCGCUAUAUACGCCCUUGAAGAUCAGGGAAGACCUACCACCUGUCUUGUAUGAGCCGGUGACAUGCAAACCCCCGUGUCGCGCAAUUCUGAAUCCGUACUGUCAGAUUGACAUACGAGGAAAACUCUGGAUCUGUCCGUUCUGCCUCCAGCGCAAUGCGUUCCCCCCACAUUACAAAGACAUUUCCAGCACCAACCUUCCUGCCGAACUCCUACCAAAAUACACCACGAUUGAAUAUACGCUCUCCCGCCCUGCCCAGGUCCCUCCUAUCUUCCUGUUCGUCGUGGACACAUGCCUAGACGAAGAUGACUUGAAAGCGCUGCGUGAUGCUAUCGUUGUCAGUCUGAGCUUGAUUCCGCCUUACGCCCUGGUCGGUUUGAUCACAUUCGGCACCAUGACCCAAGUCCACGAGCUCGGGUACGCGGAGUGCACGAAGUCCUAUGUAUUCCGCGGAGGAAAGGAAUACACGCCGAAGCAAAUCCAGGACAUGCUCGGCUUGAGCUCGACCAACCGUGCCGCUCCCCGUCCUGGGCAGCCUAUGCCCCAGACAUUUGGCGCAGCGAGGUUCUUGCUGCCCGUCUCCCAGUGCGAAUUCCAGCUCACUGGGAUUCUGGAGGCCUUGGCUCGGGACCCUUGGCCUGUCGCAAAUGACAAGCGGCCACUGCGUUGUACGGGGGUUGCUCUCAGUGUGGCAGUCGGGUUGCUUGAGACGACCUUCCCAAAUACCGGUGCUCGCGUUAUGCUCUUCUCUGGUGGACCCUGCACGGAGGGACCGGGAAUGGUGGUCAGCAACGAGCUGAAGGAGCCGAUCCGCUCUCACCACGACAUCGACAGAGAUAGUGCUAAGCAUUACAAGCGGGCCAUGAAGUUCUACGAAGGCCUCGCCAAGCGGGUUUCGAACAACGGCCACUGCGUGGACUUGUUCGCCGGCUGUCUUGAUCAAGUCGGUCUGCUUGAGAUGAAGUCACUGCCCAAUUCCACAAACGGUGUGAUCGUCCUUUCGGAUUCGUUCGCGACGUCUAUUUUCAAGCAGAGUUUCCUGCGGAUGUUCAACAAGGACGAUCAAGGGCAGCUGCUCAUGGGUUUUAACGCGACGUUCGAUGUUCAGACUACGAAAGAGCUCAAGGUGUCCGGACUGAUUGGUCAUGCGAUCUCUGCUGCGAAGAAAUCGGCAUGCGUCGGCGAGACCGAGAUAGGUAUCGGCCAGACAUCAGCCUGGAAAAUCAACUCCAUCACGCCGCGCACCGCCGAAGCGGUCUACUUCGAAGUUGUCACCCCGGCAGGCCAGCCCCUCCAGCCUGGUUCUCGCGGCCUCAUCCAGUUCGUCACGCACUACCAGCACUCCUCCGGGCAGUACCGACUGCGGGUCACGACCAUCGCGCGUAACUUUGCGGAAGCUGGUUCGCCGAGUAUCGCGGCUUCGUUCGACCAGGAGGCGGCGGCGGUCCUGAUGGCGCGUAUUGCUGUCUUUAGGGCGGAGAUGGACGACUCGCCCGACGUGCUGAGGUGGCUCGACCGUAUGCUUAUACGGCUGUGCCAGAAGUUCGCGGAUUACAGGAAGGAGGACCCGACGAGUUUCCGACUGACGGACAAUUUCAGUAUCUACCCGCAGUUCAUGUUCCACUUGCGGAGAAGCCAGUUCUUGCAGGUGUUCAACAACAGUCCGGAUGAGACUGCUUUCUACAGACAUAUUCUCAACGAGGAGGACGUCAACAACUCCCUGAUCAUGAUCCAGCCCACGCUUAUGUCUUACACGUUUGACGUGCCGCCGCAACCUGUACUGCUUGAUAGCGUGUCCAUCAAGCCGGACGUCAUCCUCUUACUUGAUACUUUCUUCCACAUUCUGAUUUUCCACGGCGAGAUGAUCGCGCAGUGGCGCAAGGCUGGGUAUCAAGACCAGGAGGGCUACGAGAACUUCAAGGAGCUGCUAGAAGCGCCAGUAGUGGAUGCUCAGGAAUUGCUAGCGGAUCGCUUCCCGAUUCCGCGGUACAUCGUCUGCGACCAGGGUGGCAGUCAGGCCCGGUUCCUGCUGUCCAAACUGAACCCGUCGACGACACAUAUGACGUCGAGUAUGUACGGUUCUGGACCUGGCGCGGGCGCGGGGCAGGCCAUUUUCACGGACGAUGUCAGUUUGCAAGUAUUCAUGGAACAUCUAAAACGUUUGGCGGUUGGAGCACAGACGACGUGAUUUGUUUAUUGGUAGACAAGAGUGUGGACUAUGCGAUACAAGCGGGCCGCUUCGUUCGUAUGACGGUUAUAUUGAAUCUCAUCAUUCUCUCCUGGCUUUCGGGCUGUUGAUGUCCCCGUGAACAUGACUCUUGCCGCCGGAUCUGCU